AUGGCGGCUUCAUGUAUGAAGACGAAAGAAUCCUCCUCCUUCAUCAAAAGCUCAACACAGUUUCUCCUCUCUGCUUCUGUUAGCAGAACUAGUUCUAAUAAAUGCUGUAAUACCAAAGCAGGGAGGUUUGAGCUGGUGGACUACGAUUCUCUUCCAGAGUUCCUGAAGGACAACGAGUUCAUCAUCAACUACUACCGCUCUGAAUGGCCUCUCAAGCAAACCAUACUCAGCAUCUUCUCUAUUCAUAAUGAGACUCUCAACAUCUGGACGCAUCUGAUAGGCUUCUUCAUCUUCCUCAUGCUCGCCGGCUAUGCUGCAUCAGUCUUCCCAUCUGUUUCAACAGCUAAUCCCCUGCCACAACUCAGAACUGAAACCAAUUCACCAAACACCAUUUUUAUCUACAGAGCAAAUCAAACAACAGAGCUAUCAGCAUCUCCCUCUUCCCAGCUGAUUGGAUCCCCUGUCUCCCAUUGGCCGUUCUACCUCUACCUCGCCGGAGCAAUGUUCUGCCUCCUGAUGAGCAGCGCCUGCCACCUCCUCUCCUGCCACUCUUCAAGAACGAACUAUAUCAUGCUCCGCCUAGACUUCGCCGGAAUCUCGGGCCUCAUCGUCUCCUCCUUCUACCCUCUGGUUUACUACACCUUUGCCUGCAAUCCCUUCUUCCGCGACCUCUACCUCACAUCCAUCACAUUCUUCGGCCUCUCCACCGCCGCCGUCUCACUCAUGCCGGUGUUCGAUUCGCCUCAAUUCCGGCCGGUUAGAUCGGCUCUGUUCGCUUGCAUGGCGGCAGCAGGCGUGGUGCCCAUCGUCCACAAAAUGGUGGUUUUCGGUGACCGGCCGGAGGCGGUGCUGACGACGGGAUACGAGGCGGUGAUGGGCAUGUUUUACGGGGUCGGGGUGGUGCUUUACGUCGCGAGGGUGCCGGAGAGGUGGCUGCCUGGGAAGUUCGAUCUCGCCGGACAUAGCCAUCAGGUGUUUCAUGUGUUGGUGGUUGCGGGGGCUUAUACGCACUAUCUAGCGAGCUUGGUGUACUUCGGCUGGAGACAGGCCGAGGGUUGCUAG